AUGAAGCUGGCUGUUGCUCUCCUCGUCGCCGUGGUGCUCUGCAGCUCCCUUGGAGCGGGCUCUGCUCAUGAGAUUGUCCCGAGCUUUCUCCAGACGCUGCUUGAAGGCUCUGCGGAGCAGCUGUACGCCGGGCCAAUUUCUCACUAUAAAGUCGAUGAUGUGACCAGAGCUGCUCUGACCGCACUGAAGGAAUGUAUCGACGGGCUUUCUCCUCAGCACGUGAAGGCCCUCCUCGCCCUGCUGAGACUCGUGCGGGCAGAGGCUUAA